UCCUGCGUGCUUAGUUACCAGCUCUCCUAGUGAGUGUGUCCUGACUGCAGCGCCACUUACCUGCUCUCUGACUGACCGCACCGGCGACAUGAAGCGCAAGUGUAUCUGCGAGAUCUGCACCUGCGGGCGUCACCGUUGCCCGCACAUGCCAACUACAAUUUUUGAGAAAUCUGAGCAGCCUUGCCGUUUGACUGAAUAUGUGGAAAAAUACCCUCAGUAUGAUAACAUCCAACCGCCAAACAGCAUGAAACCGAAGCAUGAAUACCAGGGGAACCAUGGAAAGAUGGAAGGAAUAACAACCUUUAAGUCAGAUUAUAUUCCAUACGACGUAACUAAUCGUCCAGUACGUCCUAACCAAGAGUAUCAACCAAAGCCUGGUCAGAUUGACCUCGGAACAACCUAUAAACAAGAUUUCAACCCCUAUAAGAUCGAGCCAAUGAUUCCAGCACGGCCAGUGGAAAAGAGGCAAGCCAAUAUGGGAACGUUUGACACAAACCCUACAUAUAAAGAUGACUACAGACCAUGGGAUAUCCAAAAAAGAGAACUUGCUAAGCCAGAACAUUCUUACCAACUACCAAAUGCGAAAUUCGGAAAUGCAACAACGUUCCAGGAUGAUUUUUUUCCUAAAGAAAUACAACCAAGAGAAAGUUUCAAGCCACCUGGUUUAGCAAAACAGAGUGCCAUGCCUUUUGAUGGCACUACAAGUCAUCGUACUUCAUAUGUUCCUUAUGAUAUAGAACGUAGGGUUCCAAGACAAAAGCAGGAGUAUAAACCCAGCAGUCAACCAUUUGAAGAUCUCACCACUAAUCGUCUCAAUUUUAAAGGUGCCCUUGGAGAAAUAACAAAAAGCUUCAAACCUGAGUAUAAUAAAGUUGGUAGCGAUGCCCGAUUUGAUGGUAGCACUGAAUUUCGGGAUAGCUUUCAGCCAUGGCAAGUUCCUCCACACUAUGUCCAAAAAUCUCUGGAAUAUAAUCCACCUACUACUCAUAUGGAUCUAGGCACUACAUCUCAUCUAGCUUAUGUACCACACCAGCUGAGUUAUGUUGCCCCAAUUCGACCAGUGUCUCAUGGAAGAAGAACCAAUGUUCCUUUCCAAGGAAAUUCUACAAUGAAGGAAGAUUUUAGGGCCUGGGAAGCAAGACGUCAAGAAAUGAUCAAGAAAGACCAUCAGAUUCCGAAGCCUACUGGAAAAUUUGAUGGGUUAACUACCUUCAAGUCCCACUAUCUUCCCUAUGAAAUCCAUCCAACUGAAAGUUUUAAGCCUUCCAAUGGAGCACUUCGAAACUCAGCCCCGUUUGAAAGUGGAACUUUAUACCGUUCAGAUUUCACACCCAAGCAGAAUCAAAUUUGCCCUGCAAAUUACCCAUUGCCACCAGGAUAUGUCUUUGAGAGUGUUGACAGCCGUGGUCACAAAAUGUUUAGGAAGAUGCUUACUCCGGAAAAAAAUUCGUUUUCCAGUACAAAUGAGAAGAACCUUGCAAAAGCGAUUGCUGUCAUAUCAUAAAUCAGAUGUGCCCUGAAAAUGUUAAGAAAACCUUCACAUCUUGUAAUGUUCUUUUUUUCUAUGGUUUUUAACAGUUUUAAUGACAAGUAUUACAGUAUUUAUAUACUCAUUUGAAAUUCACAUCUACUAAAAAUAUAUAACAUGAUAAAAUGUAUGUUACAAUGACAAUAGAUUCUGACUACUAAUGUAGAAAGCUACUGUAAUGGAUUUUCCUAUCAAACUAACUUUAACAUAUAACAGCAAAAACUAAAAAGUUAGACCUCUUCCACCUCCAUCUUUAGAUUAACUCCUAUGACUUUAAGAUCUCUAUAAAAUGUCAUGCAAAGUGAAAUUCAUGUCCUUUUCUCCCCCUUAACAGGGUAUUUCUGAAAUUAAAGGGGUUAUCCCACAUGAGUCACUUAAAAAAAAAAAUCAGACAUCAUUGUACAUACUAAUGUCUUUCUG